AUGGAGACCGUAUUGGUUGUUGGAGCCACUGGAAAUAUCGGCGUUUCUGCAGUAACUGCAGCGCUUCGGUCGAAACGCAAUGUCUUGGCUAUUGUCCGGAACGACGAGUCGAGCAAGAGACUCAUCAAACAUGUUGGUACCUCCGAGGGUAUCAUCUGUGUACAGGCCGAUGUGACCUCGGACAAUGGCGUCAGGAAUGUGGUCGACCAAGUUCGCGCAGGCAAACUCCCAGCCUUCCAGCAUGUGUGGUCAAGCGUUGGCGGCGAAUAUGUUUCAGUGCCCCUCGAGGAAAUCGACACUGAACGUCUGCGACGUAACAUGAACAUCUCGUUCGAGGCCAACUUCUUCGCCUAUCGCGAUACCAUUGGCUUCCUCAGAGACCAGAACCACCCGCAGAGCACAUGGACCAUCUGCACUGGGAUGCAAGGGGAGCUGGCAAUCUUCCCACUGCCGGCCAUGACUCAAGGAGCGUUGUUCCCGAUGUGCAUCGCUGGAAUGCGAGAGAAUGAGGAAACGAAUGUGCGUUUUAACGAGGUCUUCUUGGGCUUUCGAGUCGAACACGACGAGGAUGCUAUUACCCACGGCGUGGUCAAAGCCUCCGACUUUGCGACUGUGUACGAGCUGAUUCUCAACGAUGAAACGGCACGAAGUUCUCGGAUCAAGGUGCUAACACCAGAAGACAUGAAGAAGCUGAACAUCCAGAAAAGGUACUAG